AACGACAUGUAGUAGUGUAUCAGAAUGUGCACAUAUUACAUGUCAUACUGGAUAUCCCAGGUGUCUACGUGGGGUGUGCAGAUGUCAUCCUGAAGUGGCAAUGGCAAGUGAUAAGAUCUCAUGUAGGACUUCAGGAGAUUGUCCUAUUGAUUAUACAAAAUGCAAAGUUGGGAUUCAAAUUUGUACCGGAGGGACAUGCACCUGUGGUGAACAUGAAGAUGGGCUGGCAAGUUCCAAAAUAACCUCAUGUAAGAGUAACGAAGAUUGUCCCAUUGAUCUUACCAAAUGCAAAAUUGGGGUUCCAAUUUGUGUUGGAGGGAAAUGCAGAUGUGGUGAACAUAAAGAUGCAUUGGCAAAUGAUCACUUCUCAUGCCAGAUAUCAUCAGAUUGUGAAGGUCAUCAGAAAUGUGUUGUUGGGUAUCCACUUUGUGCUGAUGGAAUAUGCAUUUGUAGUGAUUAAUUCAAGACAAUGAUCAUCAAGGUGUAGUGAUUUAGGUGACAAGUAUUAACUUAACACAAGAAUUGUGGUAGUUAAAUUUAUGAAGUGCCUUAUUGGCUGAUGAAUUUUAUUUUUAAUUCAAUUAUGUUUACUUGAAAUAAAUGGUAAUUAUAAAUUGGCAUUACUUGGUUGCA